AUGGAGCACGAAUACUUCUCGUCCAACCCCCGACCAAAAGUCCUCCAGAAACACUCGACUCUGGCCCGCGAAUUUAUCUCGCGCCAUGCUUCUGAAUCUCGCCGUGUCGUCCUCGUGACAUCAGGAGGCACAACUGUACCGCUUGAAAACCAAAUGGUGCGCUUUGUCGACAAUUUCAGUGCCGGAACCCGUGGUGCCACAUCUGCCGAAUAUUUCCUCGAUCACGGAUAUGCUGUCAUUUUUCUGCACCGUCAAUUCUCGCUAUUGCCGUACAGUAGACAUUAUUCGCAUAAUGUGAACUGCUUCUUGGAUUUUAUGGACGAGGGAGAAGAUGGAAAAGUCGUGGUUGGUGAGGAGUACCAAAAUGAGAUGGUGGGAGUUCUGAAGAAGUACACGGAUGCGAGAAAGAAGGGCAAAUUGCUUUCUAUUCCCUUCGUCACGGUUAACGACUAUCUUUGGGAGUUGAGGGAGAUUGCUAUCUUGAUGCAGCCGCUGGGCGGCAACGCGCUCUUCUAUCUUGCAGCAGCCGUCAGUGACUUUUUCAUUCCUAGCGACAGGAUGGUUGAGCACAAGAUUCAGUCAUCAGAAGAUUUCAACAAGGAAAACCAAGACGGAGCUGAUGGAACAAAAACUCCUGCUGCACGCAUCGAGGGUCAACGCUUGGUCAUUGGCCUGGAGCCCGUUCCCAAGUUCCUCAAGACGCUGGUGGAUGGCUGGGCACCCGAAGGCAUGAUUGUCAGCUUCAAACUCGAGACCGAUCCCGCAAUAUUGGUCAAGAAGGCCGAGUACGCCUUGAACAAGUACUCGCAUCACCUCGUCAUUGGAAACCUGUUAUCGACACGCAAAUGGGAGGUUGUGUUUGUCUCUGCAUCGGCGGGUCAACAGUGGAUCCGCGUACCUAGAAGCAAACGCACACCCAGCAUUUCGGGCAAAGUCGAGCAUGUCGGGCUUGCUUCUGGCGGUGAUGCCGAGAAAGACGCAGAAGCAGUGUCAGGCCAACCUGCUGUGGAGAUCGAGUCCUUGAUCAUUCCCGAGGUUGCAAAGAUGCACGCCGCGCACAUGGUCAGAAGGAACUCGAAAUAA